AUGACUACCGAUGAACCAUCGUCUUCUAUUUCUCAAGAACUGAUCACUGUUGUGUCUUCGGAUGGGAAGGAUUUCGAGUUGACGGUAGAGCUAGCACAACAGUCGGAGACACUAGCCAAGCUAAUUGCCAACUUCGAUUAUCACCUGAAAGAUGUGAAGAAGGAGCCGAUACCGCUGGGCAACAUAGCUAGCGCUCAAAUGGAGAAAAUUCCUAAUAGCGAGCUUUUCGAGCUAAUGAGCGCUGCUAAUUACCUCAACAUUCAACACCUCUAUGAGACUCUCUGCAGAAGAAUCGCAUCUAAAAUCGCCGGGAAAACGUCUAGUGAGAUGCGUCAAGCUUUGAAUCUCAAAUCCGACGAAGAGAUUAAAGCAGCCGAAAUAGAUGAGGAAGAGGAAGAAGAGAAAGAAGAAGACGACGAAUCUUCGUCGGAAGAUCAAGAAAUGAGUGACAUUUCACUGUCUCCAGAACCACCAAUCAAUGAUUAA